CUGCCAUUAACGGUUGUUAUGGAGAAUGGCGGACUUUUGAGGAUAUUUCCUGAAGGAUGGCGGGAUCAAGUGGCGGAUAUUGAACCUCUAUUCGAUAGAAUAUUGUUUUUCUGGUCUGACAGGCGGAACCCGCAUGAAGUGCAACCAGCGUUCAAAACGAGAUACGCCAUCACGCUCUGGUACUUCGAUGCCGAAGAAAGGAAUCAAGCUUGUCGAAGAUAUCAAAAAGAAAGAGAACUACAUUCGAAGAGUAAUAGUUCAUGAGACAUUGAAUGCGAAGAACUACUACACCGUCUGACUGGACUGAAAUUAUACUUGUAUAUAAAAUAUUAUAUAUUAUUAUGUAUCAUGAUAAUUGUUGCAGGAGGAAUUGAAUAGCGUAGAAAAAAAUACUACGGAUGACAAUGCGUGUUUGCAAGAAAGUGCAAUAGACAUAAGAGCGUACUAUUUCUUUUUUUACAAAUGGCACUGUAAUAUAUGUGAUGAGUUAAUGUGUGUAGUAGUUGCAAUUUACUUAUAUGUAUAAUCGUUUAUUUCGAUUUCUGAGAUUCAUGUUCGCACUUUGUAAUCCAAUAUUUAAAAUGUCAAAUCUUCUUACGUGUUUUAUGUUACCUAUAAGAAAAACUUGUGUCGAUCAUUUUCGUUAUGUAAAGUAUUACCGAUCUUUAGGACAUGUUGCAUUUGAGAAAUGUUUUAAGGAAAACUGUAGAAUAUAACAUAUAAAAAAAUCUCUUCCAGAAACUCGCAGAAAUUACACUUUGAUCGUGUUUCGCGUAAAUUUGUCUCCAUAAUGUUCUUAUGCAGCAUUUCUUAGCAAUAUAUUGAUGCAACUAGUUGCUAAAGGAAAAAUUACAUUGCUCACAUACAAAGUGUAAUGUUAGUAUUAUCAUGUUGUAACGUUACACUUAAAUAUUGACGACUUUUUACGCUUACAUAAAGAUAUCACAUUUUGGUUUAUUAUGGCCAGUAAUUGACUUAUGCUUCCAGUGCGACGAAUUGAAAUCAAUCGGGGCCCAGUCUGUACCUGUAUAAUGUUAUGUAUAUUGAAAAGUGGUAGAAAGUGGUAGACUGUGUUUAAUACUUGUAUGUAUCUAUUUAUAUGAAUUGAUAGGAAAGAGUAAGCACACACACGCGUACCAUCUGUGUCCUAUUGAAAAGUCUGAUACAAGAUUCUAUUAGUCAUCCCAAUGAGAAAAGCAUGAAAACAAUUAGAAAGAGGUAUUACAUUCAUGAUAUUAUAAAUAUUCCAUCCUGAAAGAAAAUUGUCGCCAAGUUACUUCUCAAUAUCAUCCGCUACAUUGUUGGACACAGAGGAGUGAUUGUAAGAAAGAAAUCAUUUGGAAGUCCUCCUCGUGUGAUUAAAUUAUUUCUGUCUCUCAGACUUUAUUUAAUUUUGUUUUACAUUUACAUAUUAGCGAAAGUUAUAAUCUAAGUGAUCCAUUUCCGAUGCGUUUUCGAAAUAUUGUAAAAUAAACAAAAUUUUGUUAUCCAAGCGAAAUAAAUAUACAUUACGAAA